CUUUGGAAUCUACUUCGCUUAUGAAAGUUUGUUAUGAAACUUAAGUAGAACAUUUUCCAUCCAGAUUCAGAAGCUGAAAAGAAGAAGUCCUGAAAGCCAGGACCAGGCAGCUUGCAAGAGCCAAGAGGUUGAUCAACACCGUUGACAGGCAGACCAGAACUAUUAACAGUCAUUAGCCACAGUCCUCUGGAAAUAAGAAAUAUCCUUAUUUGCAACCAUGGCAGCAGCUACCGCAUAUGUGCGUCCAGCUUAUAGUCUACUUCACAGAGUUGGACACAGUAAAACAACAGUUCCUUGUUUAUCAAAAUUACGAAGGUCUGGAAGGGACACUGAUCUUGGCAGUGCCAUCCAUCGAUACUUUCUGCUGUCAUCACCAGUCCCUGUUCGUCAUGCCAGCACAACAUCUAAAAAUGGAAACAACCCGCCUCCAGGAGAUUCUUUUGGUGGAAGGAAGCCACCAACCUCUGGCAAGGGUGGUGGAAGUGGAGAGAAGGACGGAGGCAAAGGAGGUGGUGGACAGUUAUGUUGUCCCAAGUGUGGGGAUCCCUGUACACAUGUGGAAACAUUUGUGUCCUCAACACGCUUUGUGAAAUGUGAAAAGUGUAAUCAUUUCUUUGUUGUCCUGUCUGAAACUGAUACAAAAAGGAGCUUGAAGGACAAUAGGGAUGAGAGACAGGGGCCAAAGAGAAAACCACCUCCACCCCCUAAGAAGAUCUACGAAUAUUUGGAUAAAUUUGUUGUUGGCCAAGACUACUCUAAGAAAGUUUUAUCGGUUGCGGUGUAUAAUCAUUACAAGAGGAUAUAUCACAAUAUACCUAGUGCUUACACAAGUACACUGUGUCAGCCAAUACCAAACAAUGCUACUUUUACCCCAAAAGAAUUGCUACAAAUAGCUGGCAUUAGCCACGGCAGUGCCCUAGGACCGAGCAGUCUCCAGCACCCUCAGCAACAGCAGCCAACUGAAGAGGGCAAUAAGAAACCAAGUGAUAUUUUAGAUGCCACAGAUCAUGAUUUGAAGUUGGAAAAGAGUAACAUUCUUAUGUUGGGACCAACUGGAUCUGGUAAAACGCUUCUUGCACAGACAUUGGCCAAAUGUUUGGAUGUGCCCUUUGCUAUCUGUGACUGUACCACCCUGACACAAGCAGGGUAUGUUGGUGAAGACAUUGAAUCUGUGAUAGCCAAACUCCUACAGGAUGCUAACUACAGUGUGGAGAAGGCUCAGCAAGGUAUUGUGUUCUUGGAUGAGGUUGAUAAAAUUGGUAGUGUUCCUGGGAUCCAUCAGUUACGUGAUGUUGGCGGAGAGGGGGUUCAACAGGGUAUGUUGAAGCUCCUUGAAGGAACUGUGGUCAAUGUUCCGGAAAGAAACUCAAGAAAGCUACGCGGAGAGACGGUCCAAGUGGAUACAACAAAUAUUCUUUUUGUGGCCUCUGGAGCCUUUAACGGUCUUGAUAAGAUUGUCAGUCGGCGGAAACAUCAAAAGUACCUUGGUUUUGGAGCCGAACAACACGAAGCACAGGGUCGUCGAGCAGCAACGGCUGCUGACAAGAAAAGUUACGAGGACGGUGAAGGUUACGAAGAUGCUCAACAAGACAAUGAGGAACGUGAUAAUCUCAUUCGUAAUGUUGAGGCACGAGAUCUGAUCGAAUUCGGUAUGAUCCCAGAAUUCGUUGGGCGGCUGCCUGUGAUUGUUCCAUUCCAUAGCCUGACUGAAGAUAUGCUGAUUGAGAUUCUCACCAAGCCACAUAAUGCCCUUAUACCACAGUAUCAGGCGCUUAUGAAGAUGGAUAAGUGUCAACUUGAAGUGACCCCAGAGGCUCUGAGAGCGAUUGCCCACCAGGCUUUAGAGAGGAAAACUGGUGCUCGAGGCUUGAGGUCCAUUAUGGAAAGCAUUCUCCUCGAUGCCCAGUUUGAUGUUCCAGAAUCAGACAUUGUACUCGUCAAAGUGACAGCGGAGACUGUGAAAUCGAAGGCGCCUGCAGAAUAUAUCCGUGCAUCUCCCGUUACCUUAGAAACGGAGGAAUCAGACUAUCAGCAGGGCGAGGGCGUGUCAGCGUCAUCGUAUCAAUAAACUUUUAUAGAUCAGAAAAAACGGUGUAUUUCCAGAAAAUAAACAAUUAAUUCAAGAUUUAUAAACUCUUAGCAUUGAAUAAAUUGGAAGGUACAAUUUUUAUCUCUGCCAUUGGACACUACAAAAAAAUUUCUGGGAAUAGUACUAAGAUUAUCAUCAGCUCAUGACUUGACUAGUCAGUUUUGGAUGUGUCAAAUAUCAUACGGAUACAACUGUUCCAGCAAAUGCCCUUGGUUGUGAAUAGGUGAAAAUGUCUUGUAAAUACUGUAAAUUAAUAAGGAGUUCUGUUAUCUCUUGUAAGGAGAAGGUGUGUACUUCACUAUGGUCGCUGGGGUACUUUUUAACAAAGGAAAGAAGAGUCCAUUAAUCAUCUGCUUCUGUAGAUUUUGUGUAUCUAAAAUUUGCCCUCUGAUAUUUUUGUAACAGAUAACAGUGAAAUGCGAAUGCUUUUCAUUGUAAAAACAAGUAAGUUAAUAUUUGAUGGGUUUGAUAAGUACCACAUGUACAGUAGGUGUCAAAAUAAAUGUGAUGUGCUUGAAUGUAUUAAAUGGCAUCAAAACCAUCAUUCAGAACCUAAUUAGAUCCUAGUCCUAUAAGUGUAUCGUGUUUAUCUUGACACCUAGUAUGAAAAAUGGUUUUACAUUUGCUUUUAUCACCACAUAAUCUCCACUUUUUUCCCUUGUGUUGACAAGGUGAUAUUGUGAUAGGUAUUUUGUGCUCUGGAAAUAAAUGAUAUCAGUAUA